AUAAACGUCCAAAAGGAAUCAAAUUGGAAUGGAAGAAAGAUGAUUAUGGGAAAAGGGAUUUAAAAGACUUUGUUCAGAAUGCAAAGUUCAUAUACCCACUAAAAAUAAUUGGUAUGCGUUAG